CCGACCCAUUCCCUUUUCUUUUCUUCUCCCCAAAUUCAAAUGAAAUUCUUCUUCUUUUUUUCUCGCCCAAAUUUUAGAGAAUCUCCCCGCGCGCGCUCUUCCUCUACUCUCCAUAUGAUCAAACCCUAGCUCUGCAUCUUCCGUUCAUUCAUCGCCGAUCAAUUCUCCGGAUGUGAGGUAGAACAUUUGUCGGGCAGUGAAAUUGACAUUUCACUUGGACAAAUUUUUCAAAGAGAUAUUGGUAAGAACCGUAAGAUGAUUUUGAGAUAAUAAAAAAUGGGUAGCAUGAAGAUGAUCUUGCUGAUUCUUGGGACAGAGGGAGUACUGAUUUCUUUAAUGUGCUGCUGAUUUAUUGUGGUUCAAUAUGCCCAACUGGGUUAGUGAGGAAGUACAUAUUUUUCAUGACCGGAAAUCAAUCAGCUCCCUCUUGGUAACUUGCAUUGUUUAUGGCAUUAUAGUUACAAUUCUGAAUACUUAUCUUGCCCUCUCACUUCCUCUGCUAUAUAAAUAGUUUUUAGGGAAAAUUAGCUCUUUUUCAAUAGUCUUAUACAAUUCAGAAGACAUAUUUUGUGGUAAGCUUUUGUUUGCCCACAAAUUCUAAAUCCCACAUUUAAGUUAAAUUAAUAUGAUUAUUUCUGAUCAAUCAAAACACAACCCUUUUUAUAAGUCUAGAUGGUCCAUGAAAGACAGUAGCUUUCUUUUAAGAAUUGACUUUUCUCUUUCAAUCUCAUGAAAUAUUAAUGCCACUUUUUCUUUAUAUAGAUUCAUUCAAUAUAGAAAAAUGGCAAAGGGAACCAAAGGAGGAAGAGGCAGCUCGGCAUCAAAAUUCAGAUCCACCCCAUACCCUCUACCUUCACUGAAUCACCAUCAAUCAGAGGACCUGAACCAGAUCAAAUGUUCCAAACACCACCAGAAGAAUGACUGGGAAGAUGCAACAUGCUCAGUUUGCAUGGAAUUUCCACACAAUGCUGUCCUCCUACUCUGCUCCUCUUAUGACAAAGGUUGCCGCCCUUACAUGUGUGGGACCAGCUUCCGCUAUUCUAACUGCCUUGACCAGUACCAGAAAGCUCAGGAAAAUGUCACAGAACCACUUCCUUCACUCUCUGUUCAAAAAUGUGAGACUGCAAAUCUUGCCUGCCCACUGUGUCGUGGCCAGGUAAAAGGCUGGACUGUGGUUAAACACGCACGCAAAUUCCUAAAUGCCAAGGAACGUGGAUGUAUGCACGACAACUGCCCUUUUGUGGGGAACUAUAAGGCUACCCGGAAACAUGUUAGGGCAGUGCACCCCUCUUCUAGGCCACGCGAGGUGGACCCGGUUCUUGAAGACAAAUGGAGACUGCUCGAGCGAGAACGUGAGAUGGGUGAUGUCAUAAGCACUAUAACAUCGUCGAUGCCAGGUGCAGUGUUUCGGGGAGAUUAUGUCAUAGAAGAAGGCAGUCAAUAUGAUUCCGAUUCAGACUACGGAUUCAACAGAGAUGACAAUCAGGUGGUGGUGGUGGAGGAGGAGAGUGAUGGUUUCGAUGUGGAAGUUGGUGGGAAUUUGAUGAACGUGUUGCUUCUUUUGCAGGCAUUUGGUUCCACUGGUGAGACUGUUCCAAACAGAGACGCCGGCCAAUACAACCGUACUUCUAAUAGUGAUUCUAACAACAGUAAUGGGGAUGAACACAACAAUGAGACAUCUUUACUUGCUUCCUACAUUCGCCCCUAAGGUGGGUUUGUGUUGCGUGGUAGUGGUAGAUUGAGCCGUUGACCUGGCCAAUGAUACCCCGUAGAUGUUGCUGGUCAUGGAGGUUCUUAAAUGGGAAAUAGAGAAGAUGGGAAGUUCAGUAGGGUCUUAGUUUUAGGUGUUACAAUAUUCUUAGGAGAAGGGAUACACACUUUGGAUACUACUCUAACUUACCAAUCUUAUUGCCACUCAUGUGUUGAUAAAUAUUCUGUAUGCACUGUUAUGUGGU